AAAAGCAGCUACGGAUCAGCCACUCGGGCUCUUUCAGACACAGCGGGAGAAUAUACAGUCUGAGGAGUCUUCAUGCACCGAAAUUCAUACACCGAUACCUGUCACUAAGCUGCCGAGCGAGGAUAACCGGGACUUGGAAACCAACACACGCCGACACAGCAUGGAGGCCGCCAUCUUGGAAUAUACCACGUCGUGCUGUCAGCUGUAGGGGGAAGCAAAGAGAAUGGCUGCAUCUACGUGCAGUAUGCCGUUGAAAGCUCACCCCUCUAACUUAUAAUAAGAUAUUAGAACUUUGAACAUUUAUUCACUAGAGGAGCUGAGUGGUUUAAGCUUACGGACUGCCAAUAAAAUCACCAAGGCCGGAAUAGGUAUUACCCCUCUGCAGUUGGUGCGGCCAGGGGACACAAUGGCGCUGCUGGGCUCCUGGACUGCCCAACGGUGGCUUCUGGAGAAUGGUGGCCGCUCGCUACUCCGUGCUGGGGCCCAGCUGGCUCUGUGCUGCAGCCUCCAAGCUAAACGUUACCUCUUAACUGAUGAUAUCUUGAAACUUCAUGAAUUUCAAAAGAAGAAACUGACUACUUUAUAUCAGAUUUAUGGGAAAAAAGAUCUUUAUUUUCAAACGAUAGAAGAAAAGCUACAGAGAAAUGGAAUCAUCCUACGAGAUGAGCUAAAAACAUUACUUCAUCUAUGUAGCACGCAGCCUGAUGUGGAAUUUGCAAAGAGGGUAAUCUAUAGGUACCAUGAAGAAAAUAAAAAUGUAAUGUUUGGAGAAUUCCGAUUUGGCCCUGUUUUUCUCAGACUGUGUUAUGAGCUUGAUCUUGAAGAUAUCGCAGUUGAGCUUUUAAAAGACAAGACUCUACACGGUUUCUUUUCUGAUUGCACCUCCUUUAAUAUAUUGAUGGAUAUGCUCUUCACCAAAGGGCAGUAUGAAAGAGCAGUGGAAGUGUUAGUGCAAAUGCGAAAUCAGAGGGUGAGGUUUAGCAAAGAGACCUACAUUUUGGCAUUUGCUAUAUGUUACAAGCUGAACAACCCUAAUUCCUGUAAAAUUUGCACAACACUUCUAGAAGAAAUCGAGAUGAAGGGAGAUCAUCUCCCGAAGCAAGCGGCCUGCUUUGCUGUGGCUUUUGCGUUAAAACAAGAGGAAUUUGUGAAAGCACGGAAACUUUACUCUCAGAUCAUGAACACUGAUAGCAAACUGUGCAAUAAUUUACUUCUUCUCAUUAAGGUGCACACUAGUACCGUGGAAGAUGUUCUGCAGUUUCUGGAAGCUGCAGCACAAGCCAUGGGCUCUAAAUUUGUGAAGAAAACUGAAUUUGCAGAGGAGCUGUUGGCCGCCACCGGACAGAAGCUGAAAUCUCAUACUGAACUUUACACAAGAUUUAACAUUGUUUAUCACAGACUUAAAGAUGCAGGGCAAAUAAGUGGAUUAACACUGGAUCAAAUGCUGUGUUAUACUCCCCCUGAACUCACACGCUCAAACUUGCAUUUAAUAAGAAACAGGAAAACCAGCCGCAGAACAUUUCGAUCUCUACAAUCUACACUAUUGGUGGAGUAAAACCAAACCUUAUCUUUCUGGAUGGAAAGAAUUCAUACCUACAUGGCAACCUGACCACGUGAAAUGAAAACUACAGUGUCUGGAUGUGUCUACCGCUAUGAAGACAGAUGUGUGUGUGUGCAGGACUCAGAAUAUAAAAAAAUUAUUUAAAACUUAAAUAAUUAGAUUAAAAAUGCUUCUAUUUAAGAAGCCAGUUCUUUUUAAAUGUCUCCUUUGCAAUGUUUUAUUUGGUUGUUAAAUGGCAGAGGCUCUGGUCACUGUGUAAAGGUUAUGCCCUACAGAAUAUGCUGCAGCUUAUUGUUAGAACCUGCACCUUUAACUUUUUUUGCAUCCAUAGAGUCAAGAGAAUUUGUGGGUGGGAUUGGGAUUAAUAUCUUUCAUCAAUAUUGUCCCUAAAGAAGGUUAAAUAGUUGAUGGUAGGAAGACGUGGAGAAUGGGAGCAAAAUUUUGGAUAUAUGACAAGAAUAAGACUAGACUGAAUACAGUCACCCUUAAUUUUACAUUUCCGUAGUUCCUAAAAAAUUCUAAAAUUGACAGCAUUGUUUUGCGGUCCCGCACAGCCAUACCAUGUUUUAUUUUAUUUAAUUUUAGUGACACCAGACAAAUGUAAAAUUGAGAUUCAGCUGUAUAACAGGCUGUUAGGCCAUUACAAUGGACACACACGGCAGUAAAGAAGUCCCUUAAUCCCUUGGAGACAGUUAGGUGACAAACAGAUUGAUCUUUCACAACAGAGAUGCUACUAAGAAUAUAGAAAUUCAUGAAUAUAUUUAGAUUAUAUCCAUCAAAGCGCUGAACCAUGGAAUAACCCUUAGGCCCCAUCAGGGUAAAAAUGAGGUGGUAAGUAAAUGACCUUUGAACAGAGUCUACAGGAAACCAGCAACUAAUGUGCCCAUAAUACAGAUAACUCCUUCCUUAACUCCUAACUUCCUGAUCCUUCUAACAUGGCCCUCCUUAUCUACUUUUUGGAAAUUGGGGAGGCAGGCUGAGCCUGGUGAAUCUGAGCUAAGAAAGCGAGUUGCUAUGGGGCUGUAAUUUAACAA